GGCCUGGCCUGGGCGGGGGCGAGGGCGGGGGCCCGGUGGUGGGAGGAAGCCGGAAGCAGCCGCGGCCCUAGUUCUGGAGACAUGGCGGGCGUUAAAGCUCUUGUGGCAUUAUCCUUCACUGGGGCUAUUGGGCUGACUUUUCUUAUGCUGGGAUGUGCCUUGGAGGAUUAUGGGUACAUGUCUCUGAAGUAAGAUGACUUGUCAAAAACUCUUUGUGAUUUUGUUACAUUGGGAAUUUCUUUGUGUGAUAACUGCAUUUAACUCGGCAUAUCUAAUUACUCCCUGGAGAUUCAAAUUGUCUUGUAUGCCAGCAAAUGCAACUGGUGAUGACUUCCUUUUGCCUGCUGGAACCUCCAAGAAUGCUUCACGUUUGGAUGGACAUUAUGAGGCAGUUGUUGAAGCUAAAUUUAAUUCAAGUGUUGCCUACAUUUCUAACUUAUCCCAAACAAAGUUCCACUGUUGUUUUUGGAAUGAACAAGAAAAGAACUGCUCUGUAUCUGAGGACGGCACCAAUGGGAGGACAUUUGUUUCAGCAGUAAAUUCCUUAGUUUUUCAACAUCUAAGUGCAAACUGGAACAUACAGUGCUGGAUGAAAGGGGACUUGAAUCUAUUCAUCUGUUACAUGGAGCCAUUAUUAAAGAAUUCUUUCAAGAAUUAUGACCUUAAGGUCCAUCUUUUUUAUUUUCUGCCUGAAGUGACAGAAGAUUUGCCACUGGCCACCCAGAGACGCAGUUUUCAGACUGUCCAGUGCAACUGCAGUGCUCAAGAAUGUUGUGAAUGCCAUGUGCCUGUACCAGCAGCCAAACUCAACUACACUCUUCUUAUGUAUUUGAAAAUUGCAUCUGGUGGAGUAACUUUUCAGUCACCCCUAAUGUCAGUUCAGCCCAUAAAUGUUGUGAAGCCUGAUCCACCAUUAGAUGUGCAUAUGGAAAUCACAGAUGAUGGAGAUUUAGAGGUUUCUUGGCACAGCCCAACAUCAGUACCGUUUCCACUUCAAUAUCAAGUGAAAUAUUCAGAAAAUUCUACGACAGUUACAAGGGAAGCUGAUGAGAUUGUCUCAACUACGUCCUUUCUAAUAUAUGGUGUGCUUCCUGGGUCCUUGUAUGAGGUUCAGGUGAGGGGCAAGAGACUGGAUGGCCCUGGAAUCUGGGGUGACUGGAGUACCCCUCGCAUCUUUAUCACGCAAGAUGUCAUAUACUUUCCUCCUAAAAUUCUGACAAGUGUUGGGUCUAACGUUUCUUUUCACUGCAUUUAUAAAAAUGAAAACAAGAUUGUUUCCUCAAAAAAUAUUGUUUGGUGGAUGAAUUUGGCUGAGAAAAUUCCUCAAAGCCAGUAUCAUGUUGUGAGUGACCAUGUUAGCAAAGUUACUUUUCCCAACUUGAAAGCAACCAAGCCUCGAGGGAAGUUUACCUACGAUGCAGUGUACUGCUGCAAUGAACAUGAAUGCCACCAUCGUUAUGCUGAAUUAUAUGUGAUUGAUGUCAAUAUCAAUAUAUCAUGUGAAACUGAUGGGUACUUAACUAAAAUGACUUGCAGAUGGCCAGCCAAUAUAGUCCAGUCACUUGUGGGAAGUACUCUGCACUUGAGGUAUCACAGGAGCAGCCUUUAUUGUUCUGAUAUUCCAUCUAUUCAUCCCAUAUCUGAACCCAAGGAUUGCCAUUUGCAGAGGGAUGGUUUUUAUGAAUGCAUUUUCCAGCCAAUCUUUCUAUUAUCUGGCUACACAAUGUGGAUUAGGAUCAAUCACUCUUUAGGCUCACUGGAUUCUACACCAACAUGUGUCCUUCCUGACUCUGUAGUGAAACCACUGCCUCCAUCUAGUGUAAAAGCAGAAAUUACUGUAAAUAUUGGCUUAUUGAAAGUCUCUUGGGAAAAGCCAGUCUUUCCAGAGAAUAAUCUUCAGUUUCAGAUUCGAUAUGGAUUAAGUGGAAAAGAAGUACAAUGGAAGGUACAUGAGGUAUAUGAUGCAAAAUCAAAAUCUGCCAGUCUUCCAGUGCCAGACCUAUGUGCAGUCUAUGCUGUUCAGGUGCGCUGUAAGAGGUUAGAUGGACUGGGAUAUUGGAGUAAUUGGAGCAGUCCAGCCUACACAGUUGUCAUGGAUGUCAAAGUUCCUAUCAAAGGACCUGAAUUUUGGAGAACCAUUAAUGGAGAUACUACUAAAAACGAGAGAAAUGUCACCUUACUUUGGAAGCCCCUGAUGAAAAAUGACUCAUUGUGCAGUGUGAGGAGAUAUGUGGUAAAGCAUCAUACUUCCCACAAUAGAACAUGGUCAGAAGAUGUGGGAAAUCACACCAAAUCCACUUUCUUGUGGACAGAGCAAGCACAUACUGUUACAGUUCUGGCCAUCAAUUCAAUUGGUGCUUCUUUUGAAAAUUUUAAUUUAACAUUGUCAUGGGCUAUGAGCAAAGUAAAUCUCAUGCAGUCCCUCAGUGUUUAUCCUUUAAACAGCAGUUGUGUGAUUCUUUCCUGGGUGCUAUCACCCAGUGAUUACCGUCUCAUGUACUUUAUUAUUGAAUGGAAAAAUCUUCAUGAAGAUGAUGAAAUUAAAUGGCUUAGAAUCCCUUCAAAUGUUAAGAAAUAUUAUAUCCAUGAUCAUUUUAUCCCUAUUGAGAAGUAUCAGUUCAGUCUUUACCCAGUAUUUAUGGAAGGAGUGGGAAAACCAAAGAUAACUACUAGUUUCACCCAAGAUGAUAUUGAAAAACACAAGAAUGAUGCAGGUCUAUAUGUAAUUGUGCCGAUAAUUAUUUCCUCUUCUGUCUUACUGCUUGGAACAUUGUUAAUAUCACACCAAAGAAUGAAGAAGCUGUUAUGGGAAGAUGUUCCAAACCCCAAGAAUUGUUCCUGGGCACAAGGACUCAAUUUUCAGAAGCCUGAAACCUUUGAGCAUCUUUUUACCAAGCAUGCAGAAUCAGUGACAUUUGGUCCUCUUCUUUUGGAGCCUGAAACCAUUUCAGAAGACAUCAGUGUUGAUACACCAUGGAAAAAUAAAGAUGAGAUGAUGCCAGCAACUAUGGUCUCACUGCUUUUGACAGCUGAAGAUCUUGAGCAGGAUUCUGCCUGUAUUAGUGACCAGGGCAACAGCCCUCACAUCUCUGAGGCUGGGAGCAUUCCGGCUGUCUGUGAGGACGAAAGCCAGAGACAACCCUCAGUUAAAUACGCCACACUGGUCAGUAAUUCCAAGUCAAGCGAAACGGAUGAAGAGCAGGGGCUCAUACAUAGUUCAGUCAGCAAGUGCUUCUCUAGCAAACAUUCUCCAUCAAAACAUUCUUUCUCUAAUAGCUCCUGGGAGAUAGAGACCCAGGCAUUUUUCAUAUUAUCAGAGCGGCAUCCCAAUAUGAUUUCACCACACCUUUCGUUCUCAGAAGGACUGGAUGAACUUUUGGAACUGGAGGGAAAGUUCCCUGAAGAAAAUAAUAGUGAAAAGUCUGUCUAUUAUUUAGGGGUCACCUCAAUCAAAAAAAGAGAAAGUGAUGAGUCAGGAGUAUUAUGCCCAUUUCCAGCACACUGUUUAGUCACCGACAUCAGAAUCCUCCAGGACACUUGUUCCCACUUUGUAGAGAACAACUUCAACUUAGGAACUUCUGGCAAGAAGACUUUUGUAUCUUACAUGCCCCAGUUUCAAACUUGUUCCACUCAGACACAUAAGAUUAUGGAAAACAAGAUGUGUGACCUAACUGUGUGAUUCCAUUCAAGAAACCUUCAGAAUUGUAUUAUAGUGGAUCACGUGGCCUAUAAUAUAAUUGCUUUACUGUUGUAAAUGGGGGAACACCAGAGAAAAUCAUUAGAGUCAAAUAUGAAAAUGAUUCCAAAAUUAAUGAUAUCUGUUUGUCCUCUCUAAUAUAGACCCCAAAAAGGUGAGAAAACCCUCAUGAGCCUAGCCAUGCAGAUAGACACUACAAAUAAUUCUAUUCACAGGCCACCGUGGGAAGGUCUCUUGUUGUUAGCUAUGAACAAGCCCAGCAGGUACCAUCUUUUGUGA